AUGCCCAACGCAGCGCCGGGGCCGCCGUCGCCGCCCAAAGAGGUGGACGUGCAAGAUGCGAUUGCGCAGUACCCGUCGCAGGCGCCGAGCCUGCACCAGACGCUGGCGGACCUGACGCACGCCGCGCGCUGGGACCACCUGCACGUCCUCGAUCUCGGUCCGGGUGCGUCAGACACAGCUGCGGUAGGAGGAGGAGCGGCCAUCUGCGGGCUGAGGCCCGAGCAAAGAGGCCUCGAAGUCGUGUGGUCAUGCGGCAUUGCCGAUCGCCUCAACAACCAGACAUUUCUCGACAUCUUCCAGGCCGUCGACAGACUCCCGGCAGAGCGGGCGGGACAGAAGCUUCUCAAGGAUCACUUUCUCCUGGCCGUCCUGUCGCCAGACGCAACCGUCGUGUACUACAGCAUCGCUCGAGGUCUUGUCAAGCCAGUCAAUUGA